AUGGUGAAAGAAGUGGAUCACACCGCUGUCUUUCAGUACGGAUCGAAUGUCAUUGUCGGUAUGAAUGCGGAUGCUACAGUGCGCGAGCUGAGAUCGCAACUGGAGGAUCUAAUGGGAAAGUCUUCCGCGACGUACCUCAUUGGAUUCAUGGGCUCCAUUCUGCAGGAUGAAGCGAGGGUUUUCGAUAACUCUAAGGCAUUCUAUGGUCUUGAUAAGAAGUCCACCGUAUAUGUUCAACACUUCAGCAUUUUUGAUGAUGUAAGAAUUACCAUCCAGGUGAGAGACGACAAUGGUCGCCUUUAUUUCAAGGCUACAACCAGAACUCAAUUUGGGAAAGUUUGCAAGGCGUACUGCGAUAAAAGGGUUAAAGACCAUCGGAAGAUUCGGUUCCUCCAUAAGGGGCAAAAAAAUCUUCGGAGGUACGCAGUCCCCAUAUGCUGGCAUUAG